CUGCGGGGGGCUCCACCCGGCCACGACCCCGAGACCCCCGGCCGGGACGCGGGGCGGCAGGCGGCAAAGUUCGGCCCGGGCCGCCGCGGGUGGUGGGCACUACUCGCGCUUCAGAUGCACUUGGUGCGGGCGCUGGCACAAGAUGAUGUUGCACCUUAUUUUAAAACGGAGCCAGGCCUGCCGCAGAUUCACCUGGAAGGGAAUCGCCUUGUCCUCACCUGCCUUGCUGAAGGGAGCUGGCCUUUGGAAUUCAAAUGGAUGCACAAUGACAGUGAGCUCACCACCUACAGCAGCGAAUAUAAGUACAUUAUUUCAUCCUUACAGAAGCAUGAUGCUGGAUUUUACCGCUGUGUGGUGCGAAACAGAAUGGGAGCACUGUUGCAAAGAAAAUCAGAAGUUCAAGUUGCAUAUAUGGGAAAUUUCAUGGACACAGACCAAAGGAAAAUGGUUUCUCAAGGACAUGCAGCAGUUCUCAACUUGCUGCCCAUCAGCAGCUACCCUAGACCUCAAGUGACUUGGUUUAGAGAAGGGCACAAGAUCAUUCCAAGCAACAGAAUCGCCAUCACACUGGAGAAUCAGCUGGUGAUCCUUUCUACAGCAGCAAGUGAUGCCGGGGCCUACUACGUGCAGGCUGUCAAUGAGAAGAAUGGGGAGAACAAGACAAGCCCAUUCAUUCACCUGAGCAUAGCAAGAGAUAUUGGCACACCUGAAGCCAUGGCCCCCGUCAUUGUGGUUGCCCCAGGCAACAGAAGCGUGGUAGCUGGCUCCAGUGAGACCACCUUGGAGUGCAUAGCCAGUGCCAGGCCUGUGGAAGAGCUGAGUGUGCACUGGAAGAGAAAUGGUGUGAGACUCACCAGUGGGCUCCACAGCUUUGGAAGACGCCUCACUAUCUCCAACCCAACCUCCACAGACACAGGGCUAUAUGUCUGCGAGGCUAUACUGCGGGGGAGUGCCUUCGAGCCCGCAAGAGCCAAGGCCUUCCUUUCCAUCAUAGAGCCACCAUAUUUUACUGCUGAGCCCGAGAGUCGGAUUUUAGCUGAAGUGGAAGAAACUGUGGAUAUCGUAUGCCGAGCCAUGGGGGUCCCUCUCCCCAACCUCCAGUGGUACAAGGAUGCUGUUUCAAUCAACAAGCUCCAGAACCCUCGGUAUCAAGUAAUGCCCAGUGGAGGCCUGCGCAUCCAGAAGCUGCGUCCAGAAGACUCUGGAAUUUUCCAGUGCUUUGCCAGUAAUGAAGGAGGAGAGAUCCAGACCCAUACCUACCUGGAUGUAACCAAUGUUGCCCCAACGUUUACCCAGCAUCCAUCUGACACUACAGUGACCGAUGGGAUGACAGCUGUCCUACGGUGUGAGGUGUCUGGGGCUCCCAAGCCUGCCAUCACAUGGAAGAGAGGAAACCACAUUUUGGCCAGUGGCUCUGUCCGGAUUCCUAGGUUCAUGCUGCUGGAAUCGGGGGGUCUGCAAAUAACCCCCGUGUUCAUCCAGGAUGCCGGCAACUACACGUGCUAUGCGCUCAACACGGAAGGCUCCCUGAACGCAUCUGCAGCGCUCACCGUGUGGAAUCGAACCUCUAUUGUUCACCCUCCUGAGGACCGUGUGGUGAUUAAGGGGACCACGGCCACCCUGCGCUGUGGAGCUACUCACGACCCCCGGAUUUCUCUCCGCUACGUGUGGAAGAAGGACAAUUCAAUCAUCACCCCAUCUAGCAGCUCUAGAAUUGUGGUGGAGAAAGAUGGGUCCCUCCUCAUCAGCCAGACAUGGUCAGGUGAUAUCGGAGACUACACCUGUGAAAUCAUAUCUGAGGGAGGGAACGACUCCAGGACGGCCCGGCUAGAAGUGAUUGAACUGCCCCACCCACCUCAAAACCUCCUGGCCAGCCUGAGCCCCUCUCGCAGCCAUGCCGUGGUGCUUUCCUGGGUCCGGCCCUUUGAUGGAAACAGCCCUGUUCUUCACUACAUUGUGGAGCUGUCUGAAAACAACUCUCCCUGGAAAGUGCACCUGUCAGACAUUGGCCCCGAGAUGACAGGCAUCACCGUGAGUGGCCUGACCCCGGCCCGCACCUAUCAGUUCCGAGUGUGCGCAGUGAACCAAGUGGGCAAGGGCCAGUACAGCACAGAAACAAGCAGGUUGAUGUUACCUGAAGAACCACCCAGUGCUCCCCCAAAAAACAUCGUGGCCAGUGGACGCACCAACCAGUCCAUCAUGGUGCAGUGGCAGCCUCCCCCAGAAACAGAGCACAAUGGAGUGCUGCGUGGGUAUAUCCUCAGGUACCGCCUAGCCGGCCUGCCUGGUGAACAUCAGCAGAGAAAUAUCACCAGCCCGGAAGUGAACUACUGCCUAGUGACAGACCUGAUCAUCUGGACACAGUAUGAAAUCCAGGUGGCCGCGUACAAUGGAGCUGGCCUGGGCGUCUUCAGCAGGGCCGUGGCCGAGUACACCCUACAAGGAGUGCCCACCGCGCCCCCACAGAAUGUACAAGCAGAAGCCGUGAACUCCACCACUGUCCAGUUCCUGUGGAACCCACCACCGCAGCAGUUCGUCAAUGGCAUCAACCAGGGAUAUAAGCUUCUAGCCUGGCCAGCAGAUGUCCCUGAGGCAGUCACUGUGGUCACCAUUGCCCCAGAUUUCCAUGGAAUCCACCACGGGUACAUCACGAACCUGAAGAAGUUCACUGCUUACUUCACCUCUGUCCUGUGCUUCACCACGCCAGGCGAUGGGCCCCCAAGCACCCCACAGCUUGUGUGGACUCACGAGGACAAACCGGGAGCUGUGGGCCACCUGAGCUUCACAGAGAUCCUGGACACAUCACUCAAGGUCAGCUGGCAGGAGCCUCUGGAGAAGAAUGGCAUCAUUACAGGCUAUCGGAUUUCCUGGGAGGUAUAUGGGAAGAAUGAUUCUCGGCUCACACACACCCUCAACAGUACGACCCAUGAAUACAAAAUCCGUGGUCUGUCAUCGCUCACCACCUACACCAUCGAGGUGGCUGCAGUGACAGCCGCGGGUGCAGGCCUGGCCACCUCCUCCACUAUCUCCUCUGGAGUACCCCCAGACCUGCCUGGUGCGCCUUCUAACCUGGUCAUUUCCAACAUCAGCCCUCGCUCUGCCACACUUCAGUUCCGACCAGGCUACGAUGGAAAGACAUCCAUCUCCAGGUGGAUUGUGGAGGGGCAGGUCGGUGCCAUCGGUGAUGAAGAGGAGUGGGUCUGCCUCUACGAGGAGGAAAAUGAGCCUGAUGCCCAGAUGCUGGAAAUCCCAAACCUCACACCGUACACCCACUACAGAUUUCGAAUGCGCCAGGUAAACAUCGUUGGUUCCAGCCCCUUCAGUCAGUCAUCCCGGGUCAUCCAAACCCUGCAGGCCCCACCUGAUGUGGCUCCCACCAGCAUCACAGUGCGGACAGCCAGUGAAACCAGCCUUCGGCUACGCUGGGUGCCUCUGCCUGAUUCCCAGUACAAUGGGAACCCUGAGUCCGUGGGUUACCGAGUGAAAUACUGGCGCUCAGACCUCCCAUCCUCUGCACUGGCCCAAGUCGUCAAUGACCGGCUGGAGAGGGAGCUCACUAUCGAGGAGCUGGAAGAGUGGACAGAAUAUGAGCUGCAGAUGCAGGCCUUCAAUGCCAUUGGGGCAGGACCCUGGAGUGAGGUGGUACGUGGCCGGACACGAGAGUCAGUUCCUUCAGCUGCCCCUGAAAAUGUGUCUGCAGAGGCUGUCAGCUCAACCCAGAUUUUACUGACAUGGGCAUCCGUCCCUGAGCAGGACCAGAAUGGGCUCAUCCUGGGCUACAAGAUCCUGUAUCGGGCCAAAGACCUGGAUCCUGAGCCCAGAACUCACGUCGUGCGAGGGAACCAUACGCAGUCAGCGCUGCUGGCCGGCCUGCGCAAGUUCGUGCUGUACGAGCUCCAAGUGCUGGCCUUCACCCGCAUCGGGAACGGGGUCCCCAGCUCACCGCUCAUCCUUGAGCGCACCAAAGAUGACGCCCCAGGCCCCCCAGUGAGGCUGGUCUUCCCUGAAGUGCGGCUCACCUCAGUGCGGAUCGUGUGGCAGCCCCCAGAGGAGCCCAAUGGCGUGAUUCUAGGGUACCAGAUCGCCUACCGCCUGGCCAGCAGCCGCCCCCACACAUUCACCACCGUGGAAGUUGGUGCCACUGUACGACAGUUCACAGCCACCGAGCUGGCCCCGGAGUCUGCGUAUGUCUUCAGGCUGUCUGCCAAGACAAGGCAGGGUUGGGGGGAGCCGCUGGAGGCCACAGUCAUCACCACCGAGAAGAGGGAACGACCAUCACCCCCCAGAGAGCUCCAGGUACCCCAGGCAGAAGUGACUGCACGCAGCCUGCAGCUCCAGUGGGUUCCAGGCAGUGAUGGAGCCUCCCCCAUCCGGUACUUCACUGUGCAGGUGCGAGAGCUGCCUGGGGGCGAGUGGCAGACCUACUCCUCAUCCAUCAGCCACGAAGCCACAGCCUGCGCCGUGGAGAGGCUGAGGCCCUUCACCUCCUAUAAGCUGCGUUUGAAAGCCACCAAUGACAUUGGGGACAGCAACUUCAGCUCAGAGACUGAGGCCGUCACAACGCUACAGGAUGUUCCAGGAGAACCUCCAGGGUCUGUCUCCGCUACACCACAUACCACUUCCUCCGUGCUGAUCCAGUGGCAGCCUCCAAGGGAUGAGAGCCUGAAUGGGCUUCUGCAGGGAUACCGGAUCUACUACCGGGAGCUGGAGUCUGAAGCAGGCGUCAGUCCUGAGGCCAAGACACUCAAAAGCCCUUCUGCACUGAGAGCCGAGCUCACAGCCCAAAGCAGCUUCAAGACUGUAAACAGCAGUUCCAGGUUAACAACGUAUGAAUUAACACAUCUGAAGAAGUACAGGCGCUAUGAAGUGAUCAUGACCGCCUACAACAUCAUUGGCGAGAGUCCUGCUAGCGCACCUGUUGAAGUCUUUGUCGGCGAGGCUGCCCCAGCCAUGGCUCCGCAGAACAUCCAGGUGACCCCACUUACAGCCAGCCAGCUGGAGGUCACAUGGGACCCGCCACCUCCAGAGAGCCAGAAUGGGAACAUCCAGGGCUACAAGAUCUACUACUGGGAGGCAGGCAGCCGGAAUGAAACAGAGAAGAUGAAGGUCCUGUUCCUCCCUGAGCCUACGGUGAAGCUUAAGAACCUGACCAGCCACACCAAAUACCUGGUCAGCAUAUCUGCCUUCAAUGCUGCUGGCGAUGGGCCUAGGAGUGACCCCCGGCAGGGGCGCACCCAUCAGGCCGCUCCUGGGGCUCCCAGCUUCCUGGCAUUCUCAGAAAUCACCUCCACCACACUGAACGUGUCCUGGGGGGAGCCAGUGGCGGCCAAUGGCAUUCUGCAGGGCUACCGAGUGGUGUAUGAGCCCUUGGUGCCUGUCCAAGGUGUGAGCAAGGUGGUGACGGUGGACGUGAAAGGGAAUUGGCAGCGCUGGUUGAAGGUGCGAGACCUCACCAAGGGAGUGACCUACUUCUUCCGUGUCCAAGCACAGACCAUCGCCUAUGGGCCGGAACUCCAAGCCAAUGUCACGGCAGGGCCGGCUGAGGGGUCCCCAGGUUCCCCUAGAGAUGUCUCAGUCACCAAAUCUAUCUCAGACCUGACCCUGCAGUGGACAGAGGGCAGCCCCGGCAGCACGCCCACGACUGGCUUCGUCAUAGAGGCCAGGCCUUCAGAUGAAGGCUUAUGGGACAUGUUUGUGAAGGACAUUCCCCGAAGCGCCACCUCCUACACCAUCAGCCUGGAUAAGCUCCGGCAGGGAGUCACAUACGAGUUCCGGGUGGUGGCUGCCAACGAGGCAGGAUAUGGAGAGCCCAGCAGGCCCUCCCCGGCAGUGUCAGCCCAAGUGGAAGCUCCAUUCUACGAGGAGUGGUGGUUCCUGCUGGUGAUGGCGCUCUCGAGCCUGAUCAUCAUCCUGCUGGUGGUGUUUGCCCUGGUCCUGCAUGGGCAGAACAAGAAGUACAAGAGCUGUGGUGCAGGUAAGAGCAUCUCCAACAUGGAGGAGUCUGUGACCCUGGAUAAUGGAGGAUUUGCUGCCCUGGAGCUCAAUAGCCGCCACCUCAAUGUGAAGAGCACCUUCUUGAAGAAGAAUGGGACCAGGUCCCCGCCUCGGCCAAGCCCUGGUGGUCUGCGCUACUCCGACGAGGACAUCUGCAACAAAUACAAUGGUGCUGUGCUCACUGAGAGCAUGAGCCUCAAGGAGAAGUCAGUGGGUGCGUCAGAAUCCGAGGCCUCCGACUCAGACUACGAGGACGCACUGCCCAAGCACUCCUUUGUCAAUCACUACAUGAGCGACCCCACCUACUACAACUCCUGGAAGCGGAGGCCCCCCGCCUCAGCGCUACACAGGUACGAGGCGGUGGCGGGGGCCGAGGCAGAUCAGCACCCACACCCAGUGAUCACCACGCAGAGUGCGGGCGGCGUCUACACCCCAGCUGGCCCCAGCGCCCGUGCCCCUCUCACCGGCUUCUCUUCCUUCGUGUGACACCGUGCCGACACUGGGGCAAGAUGGAUGUGGACCUUCCGGAGUCUAUUUUUGUUAAAACAACCAACUCCAGGAACUGAGCUGAGGUUUUUGUUUAAAAGGAAAAAAAAUCUGAUAAGCGCGAUUUUACCUACUCGUGAACACUAGAUUUCAAUUAGGAAGGUUUUUUUAAUGGCUUUUUGUAACACCACUGCAGAAAGCAGGGCUCUUUGUUUUCUUUUCUUUUUAAGAGAAGGUUUGUCCCUGGUGCAGUGGCUUCUCAUCCUCCAAACCGCCGGAGGUGACAAGGGACAGGAGGUGGGGUCCUCAGAAUGGAGCCCCAGCCUGCCCCACCUCUACCUCCUCUUCCGAGAAUCAGCUCUGUCUUUGGAUAACUCGGGAUCUUGGCUCACUGGCUCCCUUGCUGCUGGGGUGUGGCGAGCAGGCGCUUUGACCUGGGCUCAGUUAGAGCUUUGUGACCCAACUCGGCUAGGCUACAACCCGUUCUCACUCCACCGUUUCGAGGCAAAGAAUCAGCUUUAAGGCUUCUGGAAUGGGGGUGCGGGGAGGGUGAGCUAUUGGAAAAGGGCAUCCUCCACCCUGCCCAGGCCGGCUCGUCUUCUGUCCUUCUGGUGGUGAAAUAUUCAGGGCUUUCCUUUCUUCCCUUCUUUCUUUCAAGCUGACAGAGCAAGGACAGGACCCCUUCCCCCGGCUCCCAGGCCAGCCAGGCCCUUCGGUGAACUUCCUGUGACUAGCACACGGCCCACCCCCCGACAGAGUGAGCCGGCGCUUGCAGAGUUGCUUGUUCUGUAGGAAGUGUGCAUUGUUAACCAGAGUAUUUUUUAAAUCUUUUUAUCUUUUUUUAAACUAUGUCACAUGAAAUGAAUGCAUCUUUGCUGUCUCCAGGUGCCUUUUUAUUAAUUGUUCAGCUUUGUACAUGAGAAAGAUGAGAAGCAACCGUGUCUCCAAAUAAAGCAAAACCACUCCGAGA